AUGAAGGUAGCUGCUUUUAUCAUUGGUACCGCCGCCUUCGCUGCCAAUCUCAAAGUGAAGCCUCUUUCCGCGGGAGCUGCGGUUGAACGAAGCACUCGGCAGUCACGCUGGACCGGUACUGUUCGCCAAACGAGUGCGGACGUUUACAAGGUAAGUGUUAAUGACCGUAGCACGGGCGCUCAUGACGUCAUCGCCAGUGACGCUGCCAAAGACAACGGUGAGGUCAAGGACAGCAGUGAGGUCGACGACAUCACGGAGAGCGAGUCAGCCGCAGAUCUGGAGAGCGUGUUUGCUUCCCACACCGCGGACGUUGCACUGCAAAGUGUUCGGCAGGAGUUGGUGGAGACGGGUUUCGGUGCGUACGUGUGGGCGAUCUUGCUGAACAUGGACAAGGUUCCUUCUGGACCUGAAGACCUGUACUUGUUCAAAGACGCCAAACUGAAUGGCUUUUCUCUUGCCAGCCAGUUUAUUGCGUCGGGCACGUACGACAACGUCUUGAAGGACGCGGAGGAACUGAGCUCGCCGUUGCUCGAGUGGCUGGAGUUGGCGAACGCCUCUGUGGGUCCUUUGGUGAACGAUAUCAACGAGUUUAACGGUGCUGUGCUGAGGCAGAACAAAACCGAGAUGGCGCAGAGUGUGCAGAAAUUGAUCAAGCGCUACAUCUUAGACUACAACCACGUUUCCGAUUCCGUGACCCCCAACACGGGCGUGUCGGGCAAUCUGGUCGGCGGCUGGUUCAAGUACUACUUGGCUAAAGCUUAUGUGCAGCUAACCACGGGCGCGGACAGUACGCUCAACUUCGAAGAUUUCCUCGAACAAGGCUUGACGGCAAGAGACAAGGCGCGGCUCGAGAAGCUACUCGCGAAAAUCCAAAACAUGGACGCAGACGACAUCUGGAAGGCCCUAUGGACCCCGGUAUCCGUCCUUCCCAUACUCAACCCCAGUAGCACCAUGCUACCUACCAUGAAGGCGCUCAAACUGGCCUCGCUCGCCGGCGGCCAGCCGUUGUGUAUGCCAGACCACUGCGAAGACGGUACGGUUACCGAGGACUCUCUCUGGUCGAUCUUCUCUGAAGGAGAAUGGCUCAAACCAGCGGUGGAGUGCUUCGGUGGAAAUGAGGGUUUCUCCCUCAACAUCACAGACAGUCAGCCUUCUCUUGGAGUACUCUACAAGCAUUUGACAAACCAGAGACCGACCCAGAAGCUGCACGAAGAGUCGACCCAGAAGCAAGAUCACAUGUUAAAGGAAUACUCGAUUGACUGCGGCAAGUCUGUGGCUAACUGGUUGGAAUGCUACCGGAGAGGAGAUGAGGCCAGCUUCGUAAUUAACUAG